AUGUCCGACAACGGGGACGUCGAGGUUGCGACCUUCACCUCCCUUCCCAAGGAUGUCCUCGCCAACGAGGGCCAGGUCAAGCUCUUCAACAAGUGGAGCUACGAGGAUGUCGAGAUCCGCGACAUCUCUCUGACCGAUUACAUCCAGAUCCGCUCCCCGGUCUACAUCUCCCACACCGCUGGCCGCUAUGCCGCUAAGCGUUUCCGCAAGGCUCAGUGCCCCAUCAUUGAGCGUCUGACCAACUCCAUCAUGAUGAACGGCCGCAACAACGGAAAGAAGCUCCUGGCUACCCGCAUUGUCGCUCACGCCUUCGAGAUCGUCCACAUCAUGACCGACCAGAACCCCAUCCAGGUCGCCGUUGACGCCAUUGUCAACUGCGGUCCCCGUGAGGACUCCACCCGUAUUGGUUCCGCCGGUACCGUCCGUCGCCAGGCUGUCGAUGUCUCCCCUCUCCGUCGUGUCAACCAGUCCAUCGCUCUCCUGACCAUCGGUGCUCGCGAGGCCAGCUUCCGUAACAUCAAGAGCGUCUCUGAGUGCCUUGCUGAGGAGCUGAUCAACGCUGCCAAGGGUUCCUCUAACAGCUACGCCAUCAAGAAGAAGGACGAGCUCGAGCGUGUCGCCAAGAGCAACCGGUAA